AUGCUGCGGCGCGUGCUGCAGCGUGCGUCACUGCGCGCGCCGCCAUUUGUAUAUAUACGUGUGCCGCGCCGCAUUGAUCCGUUCCGUGAUGGCCAGUACCGCGGGCGCUCCGCUCCGUCAGGGUCGCAGCGUGUCGUGAUUGGCCUCGUCGCUGCAAAUACGCUCGUCUACGGCAUGUGGCGCUACGCGCGCGACGAUGCGACACGCAUGAGCGACCGGCGCAUGUACAGCUUUAUGGUACGCAACUUUACGAGCGGCGAAUACAAUUUGCGGCAAGGGCGGUGGUGGACAUUGAUCACCGCGUGCUUUAGCCAGCAGACGCUGCCGCAUUUUGCCUUUAAUAUGCUCACGUUCCUCUUUACCGCUCCUGCUAUUGUGCCCCUGGUUGGCGCACAAAAGCUGCUGCAUUUAUAUCUGGGCGCAGGUCUUGUCUCGUCGCUCACCGGCAUCGCUUGGCCGUACGUCAUUGAUCCGAUUCUCGGCAAUGACCACCAUCGGAUGCAGCGACAAGCGUCUCUGUCCCAAGGCGCCAGUGGAUCCGUCUACGCAAUCCUCGCGGCAUUCACUGCACUGCGUCCUAAUGCCACAUUUUACCUGUUCUUUGCAUUCCCGCUGCCUGCGUGGGUAUGCCUUAGCGGCAUCCUGGGCUGGGAGAUGUACGCGGCGAGUUAUCCGCCCAAGGAUCGGCAUAUCGACUCGGUCGGCCAUGUAGGCGGCCUCUUAUCGGGGCUGCUUUUUGCUCGUUUCUAUCUGCGCAGAGUGUAA